UCGACAAAUGGAUCUGUACUUGGGUGUGCCUUAUGUUUUUCGCCCUCCAACUUGACCGCGGCAACAUCCAACAAGCUCUCUCCGACAACAUGCUGCCCGACCUCGGGCUUAAUACAAACGACUACAACUACGGCCAAGCGAUUUUCUACACCUCUUUUCUCCUUGCUGAGCUGCCCUCACAGUUAAUCUCCAAAUGGAUCGGCCCUGAUCGCUGGAUACCGAUUCAAAUGGUCGUCUGGAGCCUCAUCGCAAGCAUGCAAGCCUUCCUCCAGGGCCGCAAAUCCUUCUACCUAUGCCGCGCCCUCAUUGGGCUUAUAGAAGGCGGCUUCAUCCCGGAUAACAUCUUGUACCUCUCUUACUUCUACACCGGUGCCGAACUGCCGACGCGGCUCUCCUACUUCUGGGUGUCAUCGCAGUUGACGAACAUCACCUCCGCCUUCUUCGCAUAUGGCCUCCUCCACCUCCGCGGCGUGCACGACAUAGCCGGCUGGCGCUGGCUCUUCGGCCUGGAAGGCCUCCUCACCGGUGCCAUAGGCGUGCUCUCCUUCUUCUACCUACCCCCCAGCCCAACACAGACCGCCAGUCGCUUCCGCGGGAAAAGCUGGUUCAGCGCGCACGAAGAGAAGAUCAUGGUGAACCGCAUCCUCCGCGACGACCCCAGCAAGGGCGGGAUGCACAACCGCCAAGCCCUCACGCUUAGCAUGGUCAAGGACUGCUUGACCGACUGGCACAUGCUCCCCAUCUACCUGCUCGCUGUGUCAUUUCAGAUCCCUACGAAUCCGCUGACGGCGUAUCUGACGCUGCAACUGCGCGAGAUUGGGUUCUCUACGUUUGAGACGAACUUGCUGACGAUUCCGGCAUAUUUGCUGUUCAUCGCGCAACUGCUGUUCUGGACGCAGGUAGCAGAGCGGUGGAACCAGCGCUUCUUGGUUGGGCUGGUGAGCCAGAUCUGGGCGCUGCCGCUGCUUGUGAUCUUGGAGUGGCUACCAGGGGAUGCGAACCAGUGGGUCAAGUAUACGCUGACGGUGCUGUUGGUGGGCCAUCCAUAUGUGCAUGCGAUUCUGGUGGCGAUUGUGAGUCGGAACGCCGGGACGGUGCGGACGCGGACGGUGGCGAGUGCGUUGUAUAACAUGUUUGUGCAGGCGAGCGCGAUUAUUGGGCAGAAUAUCUAUCGCGACGAGGAUCGACCACUCUAUCGGAAGGGGAAUAAGGUCUUGAUCGUGGUUUGCAUUUGCAAUUUUGCGUUCUUCAUUGGGGCGAGGGUCUUCUAUAUUAGCGUUAACAGACGACGCGCAAAGAUAUGGGGUGCGAUGACGUUGGACGAGAAGAGGGAGUACCUAACUACUACUAAAGACCGCGGGAAUAAGCGGCUCAACUUUCGAUUUGCGUACUAGAGAGGUAGAUCUUUCAAGAAAAAUAGAGUACUAGGACGUCGGUUUGGACACUUCUAGUAGCUGCUUGGGGUACCCCGAUAGGCUUUAACAAUCUAAAUACGACAUGAAGAUUGACGCAUUAAAAAUCAGGCUACCUUUUGACCGAUUGAAGACCUGCUAGCUGGGGCACCUCUUACAGUAGUGUCAAGCGGGCAAGGGUGGAGCCCGAGCAGUGAGACAUCUGUAUAGGCAAAUCCAUGACCUAAUAUUGUAUGUGCGUUAUAUCUGAGCCAGCGGCGUGGGUUGCUCGUAUGCAUGAGCGACAUUCACCUUGGUCCCCCAAGAUCCAAGUUGAAAGCUGAUUGCCGUCUAUCAUCAUGUGGUGAAAUUUUCGUACCGUUGGCAACUUCAUUUUCA